AAGAAGUCACUGUUAUAGAAUAUUAAAUCAUUUGUUUGGAAAUGUAUCAAGUUGGCCUCAUGGCAUCAUCAACACUUUACUCAUUAUUCCCUCCUUCCUCAGGUGAGCACUUUGUGGAUAAACAUAGAACCGAGCUGAUCAACAGAGUGAACUGCGUUGCAGACAUUUUGGAUCAGCUCUUUGAGGAAAAAGUCAUCACACAAUCGAUUUAUAGUGAUAUCAUGGUAAUCCCAACCUCUCAGAAGAAGAUGAGGGAACUCUUCAGUGGUCCCCUGAAUGCAGCAGGGCUUCGUGGCAAAGACGUCUUCUACAGAAUCCUUGAGAAAGAGGAGAAAUAUCUCAUUGAGGAGCUAAAGGGAAAGAAGUGAAUGUUGAGGAGAAAUCAUUUUUCAGACUAAAUGUACAUUGUGCCUCAAGAAAGAAAGCAUCUUAAACGAUUCCAAUGGGGAAAUAUUAAUGUAAAUGUCUCUGUAGGGGUUCUAUCAAAUAUAGCUUUUGCACCUUCAUGUUUAAUCAUAGCUCUUUUUUACACUUGGACCAGUCAUAUU